CGUCAUUUUAGAGACAACUUUAUAAACUUCCGGUACGAACGGAACACGUGCCUGAUGUCAACAAAUGCUGAUUAGUUUGACCGUGUCCAGAGUGUGUCUUGGUCCUUGUGUCAAACGGUCAGCGGAAUAUGACAGCAAGAUGUCUGAGAAGGAUUCUAAAGAUUUGACAGCCGCGAUCAAACAAGAAUUUCUAUAUCUGUCGAACGAGGCGAGAGAGUUGUACCUGGACAGUGAAGUCCCACUGCUGAGCUCGCCACCCACACCUCUGGUCUUCCAUCGCCAGUAUGUCGCCCCCAACAAACCCGUCCUGAUCCGAGGACUUACAGACCACUGGCCAGCUCUGUCCAAGUGGUCGCCGGAAUAUUUCAGGAAGACGAUAGGAGAGCUAGAGGUAACGGUCACAGCGACACCUAACGGCUACGCUGAUGCUGUCACUGAGGGGAAGUUUGUAAUGCCAGAGGAACAACGUAUGACGAUGUCAGAGUUCCUCGAGAAACUUGACAAGGGGGACAACUCUGCUGAGGUUUACUACAUCCAGAAACAGAACUCCAACCUUACAGAGGAGUUUACAUCCAUAAUGUCCGAUUUAGAACCCGAACUGACGCUGGGCAAUGAGGCAUUUGGGAGGUCUCCUGAUGCUGUGAACUUCUGGAUGGGGGAUGGUAGAGCUGUCACCUCCAUGCACAGAGACCACUAUGAGAACCUGUACUGCGUGGUGUCGGGAUGGAAGAAAUUUAUCCUCAUCCCUCCAACAGACCUGCCGUUCGUUCCGUAUGGAGAAUACCAGGCUGCUGCCUAUACAACAGACGAUGACGGCAAUUUCCAUAUUGUGGACGACGAGGAGGCAGGGCAGGUUCCCUGGAUCCCGAUUGACCCGCUGAAGCCAGACUUGAAGAAGUAUCCUCAGUAUGCGUCUGCACAUCCCCUUGAGGUGGUAGUGGAAGCAGGGGAGACGCUGUACCUGCCGUCGCUCUGGUUUCAUCAUGUUCAGCAGUCUCAUGCAUGUAUAGCCGUCAACUACUGGUACGACAUGGACUUUGACAUCAGGUACAACUACUACAAGUUUGUGGAGAAGAUGAAGGAAAUUGUCAGCUGACUGUCAGCACAGAAUGGAAGAGGUGUUGUUCACCUUAGUGACAAUACCAAUGUGUAACAGUGUGCAUGAAGUAGAUGGGCGAUAUUAAUUUUGACAGAAGAAGAUGUAUGUAAUGUUAUUUUGCCAUCCUGUUGCUCUGAUUUUAUGCCUGUUUAUGUAAACCACUGGUCCCAGUGUAGCAGGGCGCAUCUUAUCAGUUGGAUUCUCAUGACUGUUGAUUGUUUUAUCGGUGUUUUGUAAGGUGGUCAGUAAGUAGUAGGGAAUCUACCUGGAUCCUUCGGCUGCUGUAUGUCAGGAUUUUCCAUGAGAACUCAUGCCUUUUACAGAAGAGGACAAUGGAUAUCCGGAUAAACUAAUGUCACAACUCCUCACUCUGUCUCAAAACAUGGCUAAAUUACAACAUAAACAUGAAUGACAAGUGUCCAUCAGGGUCUUAGACUUCAGCUGUGCAAAGACUGUACUUGUGAUUGCAUGUGUCUUGUUCUGUUUGUUUUUUAUUUAAAAUAACUGUCAGCUGGAUGGCAGUGGAGUGUUUGAAUGUUUGUGGUCAGGUUGAAAGUGAUGUAUGACAAUGUUGGACAGGAUUUCAAUAAACACAGUUGGAAAGUC